CAAGGCACAGGCUGAUAGCAGAGCAAUCACCACCAAGCCUGAAAUCACUGCAAGGGCUCUGCUGAAGGCUUUUUGAGGUGCCAAGGAAAUGAGGAUGGAGGAAGGAAUGAAUGCUCUCCAUGACUUUGGGAUCCAGUCAACACGCUACCUCCAAGUGAAUUAUGAAGACUCCCAGGACUGGUUCAUCUUGGUGUCCGUGAUCGCAGAUCUCAGGAAUGCCUUCUACGUCCUCUUUCCCAUCUGGUUUCAUCUUCGAGAAGCUGUGGGCAUCAAACUCCUCUGGGUAGCUGUGAUUGGAGACUGGCUCAACCUUGUCUUUAAGUGGAUUCUCUUUGGACAGCGCCCAUACUGGUGGGUCCUGGACACGGACUACUACAGCAACACUUCCGUGCCCCUGAUAAAGCAAUUCCCUAUCACCUGUGAGACUGGACCAGGGAGUCCCUCGGGCCACGCCAUGGGUACAGCAGGUGUAUACUACGUGAUGGUCACAUCUACCCUCUCCAUAUUUCGGGAAAAGAAAAGGACGACCUACAGAUUUCGGUGUUUGAACGUCAUUCUGUGGUUGGGAUUCUGGGUUGUACAGCUGAACGUCUGUUUGUCACGAAUCUACCUUGCAGCUCAUUUUCCCCACCAGGUUGUCGCCGGAGUCUUGUCAGGCAUUGCUGUUGCUGAAACUUUCCGCCACAUCCAGAGCAUCUACAACGCCAGUCUCAAGAAAUAUGUUCUCAUCACCUUCUUCCUGUUCAGUUUUGCCAUUGGAUUUUACCUGCUGCUCAAGGGACUGGGUGUAGACCUCCUGUGGACUCUGGAAAAAGCGAAGAGGUGGUGUGAGCGGCCAGAAUGGGUCCACAUUGACACCACGCCCUUUGCCAGCCUCCUCAAGAACCUGGGGACCCUCUUUGGCCUGGGGCUGGCUCUCAACUCCAACAUGUACAGGGAGAGCUGCAAGGGGAAACUCAGCAAGUGGCUGCCGUUCCGCCUCAGCUGCAUUGUGGCCUCCCUGGUCCUGCUGCACCUUUUUGACUCCUUAAAACCCCCAUCCCAAAUCGAGUUGAUUUUUUACAUCCUGUCAUUCUGCAAGAGUGCGACAGUGCCCCUGGCAUCCGUCAGUGUCAUCCCCUACUGCCUCGCCCGGGUCCUGGGCCAGUCGCACAAGAAGACUUUGUAAGGGAAUGUGGAGUCUUCAGUAUUUAAAGCCCGUGACUGUGGUAGGGGUUGAGGGCGCCUAGGGUCUUCUGCCAGCCCAUCAGGAGGCGAAAGGUACUAAUGUCAGCUCAGGGAACCCUCUCCCCCUUCUACAAUCCUAAUCAUAUUGGGUGAUGGUUCUGAAAAGCUAACGCAGCUAUUUGAGAGUCUUGACUCUUGUAAGUUGGGUCGUUCUGGAUUUUUCCCCGAAGAUUUACUUGUCCUUUUGCCAGAUAUAGAAAAGUAAGACUGGGCCAGCUCAUGAGCCCAGACUGGAGAUCUCAACUGAGAAUUUUCUACUUGUGCUCAUCUUUACAGGAAAAGGAGAAAGGAACAGCAGGUUUGAUAUGGCAGAGAGUUUAGUAUGUUGUGUCAUCAUCUAGACUAUGUGCCAACCAGUGUCUGAAUUGCUUCAAUUAUAUGAUAAGGCACUCUCAGUAAUGGGAACCAACGUAAAGUAUAAUUAAUAAGUGGUUGAUGGGCUAACUCUGCUUCUGCUGUUUUUCUGCUAUACAUACACAUAUACAUGCUGCAGUGUAUGCUACACUCUACAUGCGUACAGUACUAGGUCAGAAUAUUCGGGCCUUGUUAACUUCUCUGUCACAUCACAUCUGCCUCCAGCUCUGCUUUCCUCAGAAUUUUCUGCAGGCUCCACACCCACCCUGCUGGAUCUUCAGACGGCUGAAGGGCAACUCUGUGGGGAUGCUUUUUGUGUGUUGCUGGAAAACUCCUAAAUCUUGGACAAAAUGGCAAAGGGAGGGCCAGAAUUCUUCUCUCCAGAAGGUCACUCCAAUGUUACUUUCGAUGCCUGGAGGGUAAAUAUAACUCCUUUGUCUACCCCAAGCCAACCAACAGCACAUUCUUAGGGGAAAAGCCAAUUCUUCUUGCCUAUUCUCCAGUCUCAGCUGAUUUGCAGACUAUGUCCUAAAAAAAAAAAAAAAAAA